AAGUUUAUUUUAUUUGCGAAAACAAUAAAUUGGAAAUUCGUGUGUAAAAUUGAAGAAAAUCAAUUCGUUCAAGUUUUAAAUGUUUCAAUUACUUUAAUCAUAAUGUCGAAGUGUAGUGCUUGUAUAUCUAAUUACAAAUUAGAUACAUUUUUCAUUUUAUUAUCGCUGAUAAAUUGUGUUUCUGCUCGUAGAUAUCCAGAAGAUGGAUAUUUUUCAAGGAGUUUCUUUGACGAGCGAGAACAAUACGCUAAAGUGGAUGCUGCUCUUGGAAAAAUUGUACAUUCACCAAAACUGGUGAGUGAUUGGCCAGAUCCUUCAGUGAAAAUGGGCCAAGUGUCCGGAGUAGCCAUAGAUUCGUCUGGGCAAAUUCACGUCUUUCACCGAGCCUCAAAUGUAUGGGAUGCAAGCACAUUCAGUAUAAGGAAUGUGUAUCAGGGUAUAGGAGAAAUUCCCAUUACUAGUCCUACAGUUUUGGUAUUUAAUAAUACUGGUGAAUUAGUAGACCUUUGGGGAGAAAAUCUAUUCUAUAUGCCCCAUGGAAUAACUGUGGAUGCAUCAGGGAAUGUGUGGCUGACAGAUGUAGCCCUCCACCAAGUGUUCAAGUUUACACCAGACAAUAGGAAGGAGCCUGCGCUCAAACUUGGAGAGAAAUUUGUGCCCGGCGAUGACGACGACCACUUCUGCAAACCCAGCUCAGUGGCGGUCCACUCUAGCGGUGACUUCUUCGUAGCAGAUGGCUAUUGUAACACAAGGAUCAUAAAGUAUAAGGCAGAUGGGACUAAGAUACUACAGUGGGGACGACGCACCGGUCAAACACCGUUCACUCUUAACGUACCACACGCGCUAACGAUAGCCGAAGAUAAAAACGCAGUUUGCACAGCUGAUAGAGAGAGAGGCAGGAUCGCGUGUUUCCGAGCUGACAACGGGACAUACAUACACUCGUAUUCGCAUUGGCUGAUUGGGCGGAGGCUCUUCAGUGUUGCCUAUUCGCCUAUACAGGGUGGCCGCCUCUACCUAGUCAACGGGCCAGCACUCACCGGUAUACCCGUACGGGGCUACGUCAUAGAGUACACGUCCGGUCGUCUGAUACAAACAUUCGCACCGGGCGAUUCGUUCAGAAACCCGCACGAUGUCGCCGUAUCGCCAGAUGGCAGCACUGUGUACGUCGCGGAACUCGACCCGCACAAAGUGUACAAGUUUCUGGACGAAUCCUUGUUGUUGAAGAAUGAAACCGCAAAUGAUGUUACGACUGAAGCGCUGCCCGCUAAGCCUACAGCUACUGUUGAGGUGAGCGGCGUGAGCGUGUCGAGCGGGUGGGAGUGGGGCGGCGCGGCGGGCGGCGCGCUGGGCGCGGGCGGCGCCGCGCUGCUCGCGCUCGCCGCCGUCGCGCUGCUCAACGCGAGGAACCGCGGUAAGCGAUACGAUGAGCGCGAUGUGUAUGCGGACAAGUAGGGUUGCCACUUGAUGCUUAAACAAAAAAAAUAUAUAGUACAACUUCGAACACAAGGAAGGCGAUUUUUUUUUUCUCAUUUAUAAAGCACUAGCUUACCGCCCGCGGCUUCGCCCGCUUUGUCUAAAACCAAAUAAAUUAUAUACUAAAACCUUCCUCUAGAAUUACUCUGUCUAUUAAAAAAACCGCAUCAAAAUCCGUUGCGAAGUUUUAAAGAUUUAAGCAUACAAAGGGACAUAGGGAAAUAGGGACAGAGAAAGCGACUUUGUUUUAUACUAUGUAGUGAUUUGGGUGCUAUAAAACGUGAGAAAGAAAUCAAUCACGAGACAAGUCAAUUUUUGUCUGUUUGUCUUUAAAAAUAUCUCACAUAUGUAUUAAAAAGUGGUUUUAUUAGAAAUUUUUGACGGAUAGAAAAAAUUCUAUCAUGAGAUGGGAUUUUAUGUUUUUGUUUUUAAUUUUUCAUUUAUUAAGCAUUUAAAUGCUAUAAAACGCUUUAACUACACCUGUAUGUUUGCAAUUGAAACCAAGUCCUUUACACUGUCUCAGACUCAAUUUUGACAUAGGUUUCAAGUUUCAACGAUUACAUUCAAACUUUGUACUUUAUCAAAAAAGUGACCUAAUAAUUUUAUGAGUGCCAAAGCGUGCUUUUUUGUUGUUUUUUUUUUUUUUUACUUUAUUUAUUAUACGAGGCUUCCAAUUUGUUGAGCAAUAGUUGAACAAAAAUUUUGCCUCAUGUCUGGACCUAUUCGAAGGAUUGCGAGCAACUCCUCAAUGCAUUCUCUUUGAUUUUCAACUUUGUUGCUAAACAAAUACUAAUACGAGGCUUUAGUGGGUGACUGUAAUAUGGUUCUUUUAGUUCCGUGUAUCUAAUUCUUAAAUAUUUUUUUAUUUGUAAUUGUAUUUUUUUAUAUGUUGGACAGCAUUAUAGUAUAUUAUGGUAAUUUACUUCAAUGGUUAAGUGUGAGUAAUACAGUUAACGAAGGUUAAACAUAGAGUAUGUACUUUAUUGCUAAUUGAUGAGCUAGUAGCAUAAUAUAAUUUAGAUUUUAGCCCUAACUGAACUGCAUCUAACUUCGGUUUAUUAAGAUUUAACGUGUAGAAAUAUGUAAUAUUUUACAUCAUACUACUACUUAAUUUAUAUUUAAUGAGAUAAUAUUUACUUUUCGAAAAAUCUGAGUAUUAUUUGUGAAACUUUACGGUAACCGUACAAAAAAUGUGAUAAUUUAAUAAAAAUCAAGCACAAAUUAGUGGCAACCCUUAAAAAUACACAAAAUCGUCACAAAUUGUACCUACAUCGUUUAAUAAGCAACAUAGUAUUUAGUCGUUUAAAAUUAGAUAUACAGGAAGUAAAAUACACUGGAAGUUUAGAAAUUGUGAUAUUAACUACCUCAGUCCUCAUUCCAUUAAUUUAAUUGGAUUGCAAUGUACCUAUCUGCAUAUUAUAACCAAUUACUUCAAUAACAAAGGCAAUUAACAUGAUAGCCUUUAGCUUUUGCAAAGUUUCAAGGAAACAAUAAAAUUAUACAUACUAUUUUUGUAUUGAACUGUGUUGCUUAUUAAAAUAUGAAGUGUCUUAUAAGUGUAUGGAUAUUUAUAAUCUGUAUUGUGUGUAUUAAUACACAAGUGACGGCAUUCUAAAAAGCAAAAGCUCGUUACAAACUAUGAUAGGUAAAUAAAAUAUGUUUAAAACGUCAUUUGUGUAAUUGGUAAUUUUUAAAUUAAAUGUUUUUUUCUUAGUAAGGAAUUCAAUUUUUUUUUGUAUCGCACUAUUUUGUUUGCAUGCCUGUGACCAGUUCCUUAUGUUUUUUUUUCGUUAUUUCGAUGUACUUUAAAAAUUCUUACUUUCAUUCCAAUUUAAAAAAUAAAUAAAUGUUAUUUUUUAAUAUUAUUAUUCAUGCAAAUAAAUGCAUGACUGGAAAAUUUUAUUGGCGUUAAAAAUGAAUUCAUGAAUUUUAAAUCCAUUGACCAUGAGAUUAAUUGUAUGUUUAUUCGAUUUUUUAUAUAUUAUACAAUACAAUGUUAUACAAAGAGCAUAAAGAUAUAAAAUCGUCAUAUGAGAUAAUAUAAUCUAUGUACAUUAAUGGAUAAAAAUGAAGCUAAUAAAAUCUGAAUAAUAUAAUGAAUUAAAAUGAUCUCUUGAAGUUGAUCUGAAAUUAAUUUAUUUCUACAUAAUAUUGAUUUUAUUUUUAUUUAUAAACUUGUGUAGUUUUAAGAAAUAUUGAGAUCGUCCAAAUAUACCUGCGUUAGUUGUAAUUGUGAUUGUGUAUUUACUGAAAUAUAUUUAUUGAAGCUU